GAAGGUGACCCCAGAAGUCUUAAUUGUGUAGCCAUGAGUUUGGGGGUGCCCAGAAUGAUUGAAGAUAGUGGGAAAAGAGGCAAUACCAUGGCAGAAAGAAGACAGCUGUUUGCGGAGAUGAGGGCUCAAGAUCUGGAUCGGAUCCGACUCUCCACCUACAGAACAGCAUGCAAGCUUAGGUUUGUUCAGAAGAAAUGCAAUUUGCACCUGGUGGACAUUUGGAACGUCAUAGAAGCAUUGCGGGAAAAUGCUCUGAACAACCUGGACCCAAACAUAGAACUCAAUGUGGCCCGCUUGGAGGCUGUGCUCUCCACCAUAUUUUACCAGCUCAACAAACGGAUGCCAACCACUCACCAAAUCCAGGUGGAGCAGUCCAUCAGCCUCCUGCUUAACUUCCUGCUGGCAGCCUUUGAUCCGGAAGGCCAUGGUAAAAUUUCAGUAUUUGCUGUCAAAAUGGCUUUAGCCACGUUGUGUGGAGGGAAGAUCAUGGACAAAUUAAGAUAUAUUUUCUCAAUGAUUUCUGACUCCAGCGGGGUGAUGGUUUAUGGACGAUACGAUCAAUUCCUGCGGGAAGUUCUCAAACUACCCACGGCUGUUUUUGAAGGUCCUUCAUUUGGUUACACAGAACAGUCAGCUAGAUCUUGUUUCUCUCAACAGAAAAAAGUCACCUUAAAUGGUUUCUUGGACACGCUCAUGUCGGAUCCUCCCCCGCAGUGUCUGGUCUGGCUGCCCCUCCUGCAUCGACUGGCAAAUGUAGAAAAUGUCUUCCAUCCAGUUGAGUGUUCCUACUGCCACAGCGAGAGUAUGAUGGGGUUUCGCUACCGAUGCCAACAGUGUCACAAUUACCAGCUCUGUCAGGACUGCUUCUGGAGAGGACAUGCCGGUGGUUCCCAUAGCAACCAGCACCAAAUGAAAGAGUACACAUCAUGGAAAUCACCCGCUAAGAAGCUAACUAAUGCGUUAAGCAAGUCUCUGAGCUGUGCUUCCAGCCGUGAACCUUUGCACCCCAUGUUUCCUGACCAGCCCGAGAAGCCACUCAACUUGGCCCACAUCGUGCCACCCAGACCUGUGACCAGCAUGAAUGACACCCUGUUCUCCCACUCUGUCCCCUCCUCAGGAAGUCCUUUUAUUACCAGGAGCUCUCCUCCCAAGGACAGUGAAGUAGAGCAGAACAAACUGCUGGCUAGGGCUGCUCCAGCUUUUCUGAAGGGCAAAGGGAUACAAUACAGCCUGAAUGUGGCAGACAGGCUAGCUGAUGAACAUGUUCUCAUCGGGUUGUAUGUCAACAUGCUCCGGAACAACCCAUCAUGUAUGCUUGAGAGUUCAAACCGGCUUGAUGAAGAGCACAGGCUGAUCGCCAGGUACGCGGCAAGACUGGCAGCAGAGUCCACUUCGUCUCAGCCGACUCAGCAGAGAAGUGCUCCUGACAUCUCCUUCACCAUUGACGCAAAUAAGCAACAAAGGCAGCUGAUCGCAGAACUAGAAAACAAGAACAGACAGCGCAAGGACGAGCUGGAGCAGAGAAUGUCUGCUCUCCAGGAGAGCCGGAGAGAGUUGAUGGUCCAGUUAGAAGGUCUCAUGAAGCUACUAAAGGAAGAAGAACUGAAGCAGGGAACCCAGGGGGCAGGUUCUCCUCGCUCCUCCCCCAGCCACACCAUCAGCAGGCCCAUCCCCAUGCCCGUGCGGUCUGCGUCGGCCUGUUCCACCCCGACGCACACGCCACAGGACUCCCUCACUGGGGUAGGGGGAGACGUACAGGAGGCGUUUGCACAAAGUUCAAGAAGAAAUUUAAGGAAUGAUUUACUAGUGGCAGCAGAUUCCAUCACUAACACCAUGUCCUCUCUCGUGAAAGAGCUGAAUUCCGAGGCAGGGAGUGAAAGCGAGAGUAAUGUGGAUUCUGAAUUUGCACGGACUCAGUUUGAGGAUCUGGUUCCAUCACCAACCUCUGAAAAGGCUUUUCUAGCACAAAUCCAUGCCCGAAAACCUGGGUAUCUUCACAGUGGAGCCACCCCGAGCACCAUGCGUAGUGACAUGGUUACAGAAGAUGGGGAUCCCUAUGUGCAGCCAGAGGAUGAGAACUAUGAAAAUGACUCAGUCCGGCAGCUGGAGAAUGAGCUCAAGAUGGAGGAAUACCUGAAGCAGAAGCUGCAGGAUGAAGCCUAUCAGGCAAGCUAUAGUCAGACAGAUGAUGAAAGUAACAUGAAAGCUGGUGAUGAAGGAGAGCCCUGCACCCACCCACACAGAGGAGAAGACAGCAGCCUGGCAGCAAGCUCACCGAAGAGAGGAACCACCACACGCAGCUGCUCCCGACAGACCCCACCCCUAAAGAUGUGUUCUGCCGGCUAUAGUGCAGCCAACUUUUUGUUGUAAGAUUUGUAGUUCAUAGGUGUGUGUUUUGAGAAGGAAAAAAAAAAAGACUUCUGUUCAAAGCUAACUUAUCAGCUACAUCUCCUGUAACAUGGCUCAUCCCUCAAAAACAAAAAGGCUGAAAACCUGCUGCUGUGACGAUGGCAGUGUUAACAGGCAUUUUAAACCUUUGCACAUGAUAUUGAACCUGUUCAGUUUACAAUUACAAUAUUAAUACUGUUUAUAGCUAGAAGUUUGAUUUCUGAAUUGUUUGAGAUUUUAGCAAAACAGUUUAUUAUACACUGUACAUUUUUUUCCACAGCAAUUGGGAAAAAACAACCACUUGCAAUUAUUCACUAACCCUGAAGGAUUUGGUUCCUGAGUGUACAGACUCAGAGCCCAGAAGCCAACAAGGGGCCUUGGCCUGCACGGUCUGCAGUUGUCUCUAAGUCUCUGCGAGCAGUGACUUGAACCAAAUACACCAGGAUAAUCCAGUCUUUGGGGUUUCUUUCCAACUUGGGGUUGUUUUCUUUCAAGAUCCUCUAACCAAUCAGCCAUAGAAGUUAGUGUAAAUAUUUUUUCCAAAUAGAUAUCAUAUUCAAAAAAAGGCAACAUUCAAAUUAUAUAGAAUCUAGUUUUUAAAAUCAGCACAGAUCUUCUUAAAAACUGUGAACUAUGUUUUGAAAUACUCGUUACUAAAGCUGUUUAUAAACCACAGGUGCCAUAAGAUCCCCAAACGGACUAAAGCUAUCUCUGCUCUUCCGUGGUCUUGUUCCUCUCGUUUUAGCUUUAGGGAGCAUGUGUCUAACAGCACCUCUCAUCCACGAGUUCCCCAGCAGGUUGUUUGGAGGCCUUCAGCUUUAAAUGUACAGGCUUAAAGUGCGCUUGCAAAAGUUCGCUCUCCUUUUAUUUCUGAAUGUUUAUUGCCUUAGCUGGCUACCUGGUGUUCUGCAUGCAGCCUUCUGUGGUCAUGUGAGAGGAAACAGACUCUGCUAAGUUGCAUUGGGAUUUGGCACUCAGCAAAAAGCUGAUGUGCGAAAGAACUGUCAAAGAAGGGAGAAUGAAAGACUCUGUUGAUGAUCCUUUAUGAGGCCCCUCUUUGGGGAGCACUAAAGACCUCUCUUAGGGAUUCCGGGGAAAUGAAAAAAUAAUCUUCCACUUGUCUCAAGAUUCGAUGAAGUAAAAAUCCUGCAACAUACUCAAAUUGGCAGCUUCUCUGGAAUUCCCGUUUCUCCUUUAAAAGAAAGAAGAGACCAUCCUUUUAGAACAAUGAUUCUCAAAGUGUGUUCCCUCGACCAACAGCAUCAGCAUCACUUGGGAAUCUAUUAGAAACGCAAAUUCUCGGGCCCCAACGCUGGCCUACUGAAUCAGAAACUCGGGGUGGGCCCAGCAAUCUGUGUUUCAUUAAGCCUUCCAGGCGAUUCUGAUGCCCACUAAAGGUGGGGAACCACUGCUUUAGAAUAAAAUCAUAUAAUAAAAUCUCUGUAAAGGCCCUAUUCAGAAUAAGCAAGAAAGGUUCUGAGUCAACCUCAAAGCUGUAGCAAUUUGAUUUUGCUUCCAGGGCUGGCAAAAACCCUCUCCCAGCCCACAUAGUCAGCAGUAGGUGGGUGCCCAGCUGAGAACAGACACCCUGACAUCUUCUAACUCCCUCUCCGGAGGGCUCUAAGAUGCUCUCAUCUCUGCGUUUGUUCGGAAAUCAUCUCCUUGACUGCCCUUUGGAACAGAACUGCUUGCCUUGGGGAUAGUAAAGCUCUUGGUUGGCGUUAGUAAGGAGCCCAUUCUGUCCAUUGAUGUGCUUCAUCAUGCGUCCCUCCCGAGAACCAGCCUGCCAAAUGUCCCUGAGGACAGGCUGACACCAAAGUGGCACAACUACACACUUCUCAGAUUUCUUUGCACAGAUGGAUUUUAUUGCGGGUUCUGUUGAUAUAUCUUAAUGUUCAUCUCCUUUCCACUGCCCAUCUUCUGUGAAACCAUACCUCUCUAGAUGGAGCAAGUGGCCCCUCGUGCCUCAUACUCGGUACUUAGAACCACUACAUCUCAGCUACCUACAUUGCUGUCAGCUCCAAAUCAUAGCCGGGUAGUUCCUGAACUUGGAACUCUGACCCUGCAAGUGGCAUUCAGCCACUGACUGGACUGAGCUGACAUCUGUUGUUAUUUUGUGUUUCUACAUCAAAACAUUUGUCUAAGGUUUGAACUGUUUUGCUGAUAACCUUCCCCCUGUCAUAGGUUUCAUUGCCAACUCCAUCACAUGGUUGUUGAUACCAUCGUACAAAGCCAUCGCAAGGACUCUGGAAACUGCUGCCAAUGACAAAUUCCUGACUAACCAGCCACCUUUUCUUUCUCUUAGCUCCACGUCAGCACUGAGACCAGACUCAAGCACCCCUGUCCUGUAACCGAGACAAAAUGGCGUGUGUUGUUUUGGGUUUUUGUGUUUUUUGGUGGGUUUCUUUCCUUGGCUCUCCAAAUUUACUUUUGGGGCCUGUUCUAAGU